AUGCACACCAUACAUCUGGAUACACAGAUGUGUAGGAUAUAUGCUAUAUACAUAGUAUUUCCUGCCUUCAAAUUUGCUGAUUACCAGAAUUUGAAGUCUCAGGCCAUUUGUUUAAGUUGUCAGGCACCUCCUCAGGCCAAAGAAAAUCGCUGGUUGUUGGGUCAACAGAGGGAACAAAGAGUAAAAUCAUCUCCAUCAGCUGUUCUCACAGUGGCUGGCUGGAAAGUGCAGCAGCAGCAGCAGCAGCAGCAGCAGCAGCAGCAGCAGCAGCAGCAGCAGCAGCAGCAGCAGCAGCAGCAGCAGCAGCAGCAGCAGCAGCAGCAGCGCAGCAGCAGCAGCAGCAGCAGCAGCAGCAGCAAGCAGCAGCAGCAGCAGCAGCAGCAGCAGCAGCAGCAGCAGCAGCAGCAGCAGCAGCAGCAGCAGCAGCAGCAGCAGCAGCAGCAGCAGCAGCAGCAGCAG